CUUCCUCUCUGCUUCUCCCUUUUAAGAGCAUUAGCUUUCCAUUUCUCUCUCUCUUACACUUCCUUCUUCCCUUCCUAACCGCCCUGGUUUCUACCCUCUUUCUAACCCUCGAAUCCUUAUAACAAAACAAUAACAAAGCAACAAGAAAACAUGGUGUUCCGUGAAAGUGGCUACUGUUCUUCUCGAAACGAUGCUUUUCCUACCGGUCUCCGGGUUCUCGUCGUCGAUGACGAUCCUACCUGGUUGAAAAUCCUCGAAAAGAUGCUCAAGAAGUGUUCUUAUGAAGUGACUACAUGUGGCCUUGCACGAGACGCUCUGAACUUGCUUCGCAAAAGGAAGGAUGGUUACGACAUUGUAAUCAGUGAUGUUAACAUGCCGGACAUGGACGGCUUUAAACUUCUCGAAUACGUCGGAUUGGAAAUGGACUUACCUGUCAUUAUGAUGUCUGUCGACGGGGAGACGAGCAGAGUGAUGAAAGGUGUCCAGCACGGUGCUUGUGAUUACCUUCUCAAGCCUAUAAGAAUGAAAGAGCUACGCAAUAUAUGGCAGCAUGUGUUUAGAAAGAAGAUAAAUGAGGUGAGAGAUAUUGAAAGUCUUGAAGGUAUUGAAAGUCUUCAGAUGACUAGAAGUGGCUGUGAUCUGUUCAAUGACGGGCACUUCCUCGGUGGAGACGAUACAACUUCGGGAAGGAAAAGAAAAGAUGCUGAUAACAAGCAGGAAGAUCGAGACCUUACCGAUCCUUCUUCUACCAAGAAAGCAAGAGUUGUUUGGACAGUAGACCUUCACCAAAAAUUUGUCAAAGCGGUAAAUCAGAUCGGAUUCGAUAAAGUUGGUCCUAAGAAAAUACUCGACCUGAUGAAUGUACCAUGGUUGACAAGAGAAAACGUCGCCAGUCACUUGCAGAAGUAUCGACUCUAUUUGAGCAGGUUGCAGAAGGAGAGUGAUAUCAAGAAUUCAUUUAUUGGAAUGAAACAUUCAGAUACUCCUUCAAAUUAUUCGACUGUCAAUCUCGGUCUACAUAAACCGAUGAAAACUAUGCCUGAUGAUGUGCUGAAUGGUACCUAUAGUUUUUCCGUGAAUAACUCGCUUGCUCAGAGUGUUGAUCUCAAAGAUCAAGGUGAUCGAAAUGGAAUUACUUCAGUUCCUAUGACAGAGGCAAAAGGAGCUUUGUCUAAAGAUAUUCCUGAUUCUCAUAAAACCAAGAGUUCACAGAUGAGCUUUGAUAAUUCCCUUGGAUCAGUUGAUUCAGGUGUAAGCUUUGCAUCAUUCGGUUCGACCACCCCAGCACGGUGCUCCUGGACUGAGAUUCCUGAGAUUCAGUCCAAACAAGAGUAUGAGCCCUUGCAACCAGAAGAUGGCUUCAACCAACUGCCACUGCCUGAAACUUCCAUGAUUGCAAAAGAGGUUAACAGGAAAAGAACUGAAGUUAAGCCUUUGUUUGAUGAGUAUAGAAGCAAUCUUGUCGAGCAUUUAAGUCCAGCUGACUUAGUCGACUCAUUUCCGGUUCAAAACAAAACCCAAAUGCUGAAGAGUCAAGUUUUCAACCCCAUAUCUGGUACCAAAUCAAGCAUGAAAACUGAGGACAUCAGUCAGAACUGCCCUGCUGACUCGGACUUUGCACAGAGAAACCUGAAUGCUGCCGGCAUAGGAGUACCGUUAGCAUCAUUCUCCGAGGACUUGCAAAUCUGCUGGCUUCAAGGUGAUGGUUAUCCUAUUAACUUCGCUCUCCAGGAUUUCGAUUGUUCUGAGUACAACGAUCCAACACUGAUAGCUGAAACUCCAUUAUACUUGUACGAUGCACCAAGGUUCGACCACGAGCAUCUAUUCGAUUCGUCAGAAUACUAUGCAAUCGAUCAAGGGUUGUUUACGUAGUUUGAAGUCGUUUUCAAUGAAGAAACUAUCCUUUUUCUCUUUCAGGUAAUAUCUAUAAGUGGAGUGCUUCAAUUGGAUGCCAUUUUCAUAAGCAGUUUGGACUUGGAUGUUGAAAAACAUGUAUACAAAUGGUGAUAAAACAUUAAACAUAAUAAUUCUACUGCUAUAA